AUGGCUGGUGGACCGGUGACAUGUUUGUCUGUGAUUGGAUUCAGUCUUAUCUGUCUUAAAAUGGUUGCUUCAGCAAAAACAGCUCCCCAAAUACCUACUAUUGAUCAGGCGUAUUCAAAAAUCAGCAACAGUAUCACUGUGGAAUGGGCUACAGUGCCAGGAGCCACCAGUUACCUCCUUACGGCCAAAGACGGGAACACUGUCAUUGAAACCAUGGUGGCCAAUUCCCCAGGCACUGUGACGGGCCUGAAGGCUGCAACCUUGUACCAAAUCACUGUCAGAUCCAUCAGUGCCACUGGGAGAAGCCAGGCAUCACCUCCAAAGCAGGCAAAGACAGUGCUGGCUGCACCAAUUCUAGAAGUAAGCUCUCCAAGUCCAGACUCUAUUCUUGUGCAGUGGGAGGCUGUAUAUAUGGCAAUGGGAUUCUCUGUGUCCAUUAUGCGAGCUAAUGGUUUGGGUAGGAUAUGGAAGGAGAACACCACCAACACCUCCUUGACAUUCAGCAGUUUAGACGCCGGGACUCUCUACACCAUAAAGGCUUACGCAUGGAAUGCCAACGGAACCCCUGGGGACGACUCCACCUGCAAUCAGAGAACAAGUCCUCGCGCUCCCGCCAACAUUCAAGUCUCUUUUGACAGUGGGGCUUUGAAGGCGUCUGUUUCAUGGGCUCCAACAGAAGGAGCUUUCAACUAUACUGUGAUGGCUCUGAGUGACUCAUCCAAGCUGAGCUGUAGUACGACUAUCAGUUCCUGCACCAUCUCCUCUCUCCUGUGUGGAACUGAGUACCUGAUCUCAGUUUUAGCAAGUAAUGAUGCCGGAUCUAGCAAAUCAGCUUCAGCGGUGACCCUGAAAACUGUUGCUUGUGCACCUGGAAGAGUGACAAUCCAAGAAGAUCGCCCUGGCCACCUGUCUGUGGCUUGGUCCGAUGUAGAGCUGGGUGAUUACUAUGUGGCCUUUGUGAAGAGUGAUGAUGGCUUGGAAGUACACUGCAACACCUCCCUCACCCAGUGCAAUUUCUUGUCUGAGUGUGGCUUCACUUACUUUAUUAGUGUUUUUGCUUAUAACAAGGCAGGGCAGAGUCCUCUGGGUGAUGUGUUUAAUUACACCACAGCCCCCUGUUGUCCAAGUGACAUUAACCCUGUGUUGGUGUCCAGCGACAGAGUAGAGAUUGUGUGGUCCCCUGUCCGUGGUGCCGAACUCUAUGAAACCAAGGCUGUAGAUGGGUUCAACGUGGUUGAGUGCAAUGACACUGCUCCGGCUUGUACCCUUUCUGCUCUAGAGUGUGACACUGGGUACAACAUCACAGUGUACUCCUUCAGCGAGGUCCGGGGCAGCAACCUGUCAUGUACUUCCCGAUUUAUAACCACAGCUCCUUGCAGUCCCGAAAUCAAAAAUGUUUCGAAGGAUGCCUUUUCCGCGAUUAACGUGCGCUGGCGACCCACUAAUGAUGACGCUACGUACACGGUGACGGCCCAGGGAGGGGCAGGGCUGUACCGCUGCAGCAGCGCCGGGGAGUCCUGCGCCCUGGGGGGCCUGCCCUGCGGCUCCGUGUUCUCCGUCUCCGCCGUGGCCGAGACGCGCGCGGGCCGCAGCCCGCCCAGCUACAGCGUGCCGCUGGAAACCGUGCCAUGCUGUCCAGCUGGUCUGACAGUAUCUCAAGUCACCCAAUCAGUAAUCAACGUGACCUGGACUGUUGGGACCGGGGCCCAAACCUAUAUGGCAGUUCUGGAGUCACACACUGGACAGUCUAAGUGUCACACUCAUCAAAACCACUGCCUCCUGGGAUGCAUCACAUGUGGCAUCAAUUACACAGUGGCAUUAAAAGCAAUUAGUGCCACUGGGUUGACUGCAGACUGUGCCUACCAAAGUUACUCCUCUAGUGCCUGCUGCCCGUUGGGGGUGAAAUUAUACAGGCUGGGCCCGAAUGGCAUCCGGAUCCACUGGCAGGCCUCCAGGGGCUCUGCCAAUUACAGCAUUGACCUCUACGGUUCCAAAGGCAUUUUCACGUGUGCCCCAAGCGCUGGCCUCAGUUUCUGCGAUGUCACCGAGAUACCCUGCGGGGAUGUAUACACCGUGAUGGUCUCACCAGUUGCUGAGACAGGACUGAAGCUUACUUUCUGUCCAAAAAAAAUAUAUUCAGUGACCUGCUCUGGAAGUACACUUGGAAUGGUGAUUUACAGAGCGAAGAGAAAUGCAGAAUGACAUAGUAAGCCACGGAUAAAAACAGAGACUCGAUUAGUGAGUAGUUUAGAUUGAAAUGGUGUGAUUCAAAGGCAAAGUUGUUUUUCUCUUUGCUUUAAAAAAUUCUUCCCAUAGCUUUUGCUGAGUCUUCUCAUUGUUAGUGUGAUUAAAGAUGGAAAAGUCUAUUAGAAUACAAAAAGCCUUUAGGAUAGGACAAGCUCUUUCAGCCUUUAGAAGGUCAACUCUGACUCCACUUCCUGAGGGCAAGCUCAGGUGUGUCCUCACCUGCACAGGAGCUCAAGAUCAGCUGUGGAGAGGACUCAGUAGGGAAAUGAAACCAAAAGUUCCUCUGGAAGGCUGCCAGAGUGAGCCAGCCCACUGGGAAAGUCCUAGAAAUGUGGAGGAUCUGCUUAGCAGAAAUUUUUGCAAUUUCACACCCAGACGUACUGCAGACUUCAGAGGUGUUUCAUCCACCCCAGGACUUGCCACGCAGCCCUCUAGCCAUCCAAGAGCUGGAAAUCUCCACUUUCAGAGGUCAAAAUCAAGCCACCACACACAGGCAGUGCUUACUCAAGACAAACCUCCACCAGAACUUCUGCUUAAGUUCGGUAGCAGGAGCUGCCAGGGCCACCUGUCGUAACAAACACCCUCAUCUCAAGUCAGGAGGAAGCCAAGCCGCUUGAGGGCUUCACCAAGCCAAAGCAUCGUGGGAGCAGACCUCUGUGUGAGUGUCCGGGAGAGCAGAGCGGCUGGCCUGUUGCUAGCAGGAUUACCGUCAUUCUUUUGAAAGAGCAAAGACUUCAGAUGGAGGGACAGCCAGGGCCAGAGCCUCAAACUGCGACUGACUGACACCUACGCAUCUUUUGUGGGGAGGACCAUCAAUCUCAUUGGCUGUACCCAUCCCCACCCCCACUGUAACUGCUUCUUUUAAUUUUUGGAAAGAAAAGGCAAUGAUAUAUCCUAUAAAUCUGUUGUACCUAAAAAAAAUCUUUGUCCUCCGACUGCCAG